UCCUCACCGUAAUGGGGGCCAGCGACUCGGGUGGGCGUGGUCCGACGGUGACGACACACCUGGCUCACUUAAAGCCUCGGCCAGCCGCGCGCUUGUGCCCACUCACAUUCUCUCUCUCUAGCCCGGCAGCGCGCCGCCCGUGCGCACGAGCUGGAGGAUUUGGCAACGCGGUCCCCGUCCACGCGGCUCUGUCAACCGGCGAGUGUUUUAUCCGCUCGCCGCCGGAGUCCUCUUCAAGUCCCCCGCGCCUCAUAAGCAGAGAAGUCAGAGGAGUGUGGCGCCGCUGAGGGCGACGGCGGCCGCCGCUGCUGCUGGCGGAGCGAGGAAAUGCGACGUCAUUCGAGGAAGAAUGCUGUUUUGGCAAUCCUCCUACUGGCCGGAGGAUUGUACAUCAUGACCCACUCAAACUUCUUUGUUCCUGGCCCAACAAGGUCACGUGAACAUAUUCCAAAUGAAUUAUCUUGGCAGACGGAGCGGCUGGUUAACAAGGAGUCCUGGGUUGAGCAGGGAGAUUACUUGCCUCUCAACGUGUCCUAUCAGCUACAUGCUGGAGCACCAUCUAUGCAACAGAGGUUUUUAUCUGUUGGGAUCUCCUCAGUAAAGAGGAAGAAGGGCAGCUAUCUAAUUCCCACCUUGCAGUCCCUCUUCACCCAGUCGUCUCCCGAAGAGCGCUCCUCCAUGGUGGUGGUUGUGCUGCUGGCAGAUUUUGAUGACAGCUGGAGAGUCACCAUGGUGAGGGAGAUCAAAACUGCCUUUGCCUCAGAACUGGAGCAAGGCCAGCUGGUGGUCAUCCAUGUCCCCCAGGAAUGGUAUCCUCCUGUCAUAGGUCUCAAGAGGAACUACAAUGAUCCUCCAGAUCGGGUGUCGUUCCGCUCCAAGCAGAACUUGGAUUACUCCUUCCUGAUCCACUACAGUGCCAGUCUAGGCCAGUACUACCUCCAGCUGGAGGACGACGUCUCCUCUGCCAAAAACUUCCUCACCACCAUCAGGAGGCAUGUUGGUGAGCAAGAGGCAAAGAAGACUACCUGGGCAAUGCUGGAAUUCUCAGCCCUAGGCUACAUCGGGAAACUCUACAAAUCAGCCCACCUUCCUCUCCUGGCCCGCUUCCUCUUACUCUUCUACCAGGAAAUGCCUUGCGACUGGUUAAUGUCACACUUUCGAGAGCUGUUGACUCAGAAAGAGACAAUCCACUUUAAACCCUCGCUGUUCCAGCACAUGGGCACUUUCUCCUCGUUCCAGGGGACAUACAACAAGCUGAAGGACAAGGACUUUGAUGAGGGGUUCUACACCAACCCCGCAGCUGAGGUUUACUGUGAUAUACCCACCUACCAGAAACACUUCCCCAAACAGGCAUGGGAUGCAGGGGAGGGAUUCUUCUGGGGACGCUCCCCAGAAAAAGGAAAUUACAUGACUGUGGUGUUCAGCGAUCCUACAGUGGUGACAGGGAUAUUUGUAGAAACAGGGUCAGGGGGUAAAGACCUCCUUGAUUCAGCUCAGGUGGACAUUGGCCAUGAGGUGGUUACCACUGAGAAAGGGGAGAAGAGCUGUAAAGAUUUCCAGUCAGUGGGGAUGUUAGCGAACGGGAGGUUUGAGAUGGAGGAGGUGGAAAGAAAGUACAGCUCUGCCUCGUCCUGUCUGAGGAUACAAGUUACAGUGGGACAGAAGGACUGGGUGAUCAUCAGGAAAAUCCGGAUCACAACACAGCUGAGUGCACCUACAGGGCAGGCAGGGGUGUGACUGUUUUUGUCUGAUGCAUUUAUUUUAUCAGCUAGAUCUUGUAUGCAGACUGAUUUUGGUGCCUUGUCCAUCAAUUUCAUUGAUGAAACAACAACUCAGCGCUUAAUGGAACUGUAAAGCUUCUGUCAAUAUGAAGAAAAUGUUUGACCGAGCUCUGUGAUAUGUCUCUUCAACAUAAUGAAGAGAUAGAAGCAAUCAUAAUAGAUCAUAUUAACAGUGAGUAAGCAGUUUCAUGUUUUUAAAUACCUCUUAGACUUGCAUUUAUGAGAGGUGAAUAUUAUGCAUUGUCUAUUGUUUCUCAAUGUGGAGAGAAUAACUAGACAAGGACUUUCUUUGUUACAGGAGUCUGUGGUUUAUUUCUCAAGGUAUGAGUGACAGGGUGAGACCGUGAGCCUCAUGUAAGAACCGUUCUCACGAACAGAUUUGUUCCUAAGUGGUGUGUACUAGGGAUUUAGGAGAACUUGCUGCAUUCUCCAAUUUUCUCAUAUUUUGAGAUUUUUUUCAGGUACAAACAUAAUUUACGAGUGGUCCAGAACCGUCGUAGGAGUCACGUAAAUUAGUCUGCUGUUUUUCAAAUCAAGUUUUUCGCAAAUGGAUUGUAUAUUUCAUUACUUUAAAGCAAUUAUAAAUAAAUAUAUAUCUUACACAUCA